UAAAAGUGGUCACAGGUGGAUUUUGACGCUCACUUUUGCAAACAUUUCAUCAAGUCGAGAUUUUAACGUUAUCAUGUUUGUUAGGUAUCUUUAUUGCUGGAGAUUAAUGAGUAACUCAGGGAACUGCAGGGAGAGGGCGUGGAGGUCUUCUUAUAGAGAAAUGAAGUGACGUUUGCCAGAAGACUCAUGGCUCGGCCAGCUUCUCAGGAGCUGAUACUGAUUGUUUAGAUUCUCACAAGCUCAGAUUUCAAGGAGAUGACGGUGCAGAUGACAACUUGACUGACAUCGGAAGCGUUCUUGUUUGCUACCAUGAACUCCCUCAGGAGCCUGUCUCUAAUCUGUCUCUGUAUACAGCUCCUGGGUUCAACUGCCUCUGCCAGUACCAGCCUGUGGGGUAAGAAGCUGCCGUUCAGGUCUCGUCGGUGUAUAUGGCAGCUACAACCAGAUGUUGUGGUACCAGCCCUGGAGGAGCUGAGUGUAUGCAUGCGUUUACGCUUCACCCAUACAACAGCAUGGACUGGUUUUGACUACCAAGCACCACGUGGGACACACACCGAGCUGUGGCUUGGGGGCAAAGGUACACAGCUGACAGUAUGGCUGUUUGGAGAAAAACACAGCUUGGACAGGGAUUUAAAACUGCAUGAAUGGCACUCUAUAUGUUUCACCUGGUCUGGCCAAGCUCGCAGACUGAGGAUCUACAUAAAUGGAACCAGUCAGCAUGAGGUCUCUGUGAGCCCCGUGCUUCCCCAGCAACUGGCCCCAAACGGCACUCUCACUCUGGGGGUGUCUCAUUAUGUAGACAAAAAUGGUGAGGUGCAGCAGCAGACUGGGAUGGAUCUGCUUGGUGACAUUGGUCUGUUCAGGAUAUGGGCCCGAGAAUGGAGUGCAGAGGAGCUGACGGGGCAGAACUGUGCAGAUGGAGACGUGGUGAGGUGGGACCUGCAGCAGUGGAAACACAACUGUCCUCCCCCUGAGCCUGACAACAGCCUAUACUGUGCAUGGUCACUCUACAAAAUUAAAAUGUGGACAUCCAUAGUUCACUCUACGAAGCCUGGAAAUUGCUCAGUGUCACUGGAGGGAGUCACAAGAAACUGGUUGGAGAGCGUUUUCCCCCACAAUUUUUCUGUCCAUGACAUCCAUAUAUCAUCCCCAAGGCAUAGCUGCCAUGUGGUUAAUAAUUCUGCUGCGCUACUUGCGCAACAACCUCAGGGAUCAAGAGCUCUCUCAAAUUCCAUCUGUGACAAGUGUUUCAGCUGUAGCGUCUAUGUGAAUGUCAGUCCUGCUGCUAAUGUAGAAGUGGUUCAGACAAGCAUUGCCUCGUUGCUGAGUUCCACCUUCUCUUAUGACUUCCUCAACCUGUCAGCUGAUCCUAACAGCAUCAGUAUACUACCUGUGGAGUUAUUCCCUGUAGGCCCGCUGCCAACUGUCAGCACGGGUGCACCUACAUCAGAAGCAGGUCCGACUCAAAGUCUGUCAGCUCGACCUGCUAACAUGUCAACGACAGGAGACCCUCUAGAUCUCAACGAGACUGCCGUUGGGCCAGACACAUUCUUCAGAGUUAACCUGACCUUAAGUAUGACUGGCAGCCCGACGAAACCAGAGGAUAUCAUUGAGAAAUGGGUGAAAGAACAGCUGCAGGUGAAGAAGACUAUGACUGUGCUGAAUCUCAUCAUAAAGGAGAAUGUUGGCAGGCACAUGGAGCAGAACAACGGACUCCUGCUUUUCCACGGCCAACAAAAAGAAUAUUACUGCACCUUCCAUGUACAGGAAUACAACAAGAACAGUGUGGCAGACAGUAAAGCUUUUAUAAAUGCUGCCCUGACGACAAAGUAUGACAAUGGCUCCAUUGUUAUUCAAACUACAGAUGUGGUGAUCAAGCACAUACUGCCGGCAAACUGUUUAGAAGAAACAACUUCAACAAUCUAUGGCUCAUACAUUUGGCCUGAAGCAUUUCCACAAGUCGACCAAGUCAUGGGAUGCAAAGAGCCAAAUUCAGGGAGAGCCUCCAGGCUUUGUAAGUUAGACAUUGAAACUGACAACACCAGCUGGGCUGAUCCUGACAUGACACAGUGCGACCCGCUUGUGACCAUAUCAGACCUCGACAAUAUCACUGUGACCACUGGUAACGCAGCUGAGGUUGUGGACAUGAUCCAGGACCUUGUGGAUGUUCAGCUGGGGGACAGUGCAGAGCUCUCUUCCUCCGAGCUGGACACAGUGGUGGAGAAGCUCAGUGAAGUGGUUAAUAUCAGCAGUGUCAAACCUGCUGUCGGUGCCAACAUUGUCAAUAUUGUUUCAGAUAUCCUGCUUUCCAAAACUGACAUCACUCCAGUGGCGAGCAUUGUCCUCGAUCUGACGGACAGAAUGGGGAACAACAUGGAUUUCCCAGAGGAAUCUGUCAGCAUCACAGCACCCUCGCUGGCCCUGUCCAUGAUCAAUGUAGAUCCAAAUGAAUUCAGAGGCCUCACCUUUGGUGUAUCUGCACUUUCACCAGUCCUGAAUCCAGAGGUUUUUGUCAACCAGAGCUUUGCGAGUGAACCACUCCCUGGCACAGAUGCAACAAUCUCUCUGCCCGCUGAAGUCCAUGACUUUUUCAAUCCUGGAGAAAGAAAUAAAACUCGUGUCCAGUUUCAGUUCUAUGGAACAGACGACCUUUUUCAGGUACCUACUGAUCCACACACGACUAAUGCAACACACAGCGGGUUGAUGUUGAAUUCCUAUAUAGUUUCUGCCAGCAUCAAUAACAGCACUGUCAACAACCUGAAAGAUCGAGUGGUGGUGACCUUCAGACACAAAAAACUCAAACAGCCAGGAGACCAGGUGCAGUGUAUGUUUUGGGAUUUCCAGAAAAAUGGUGGACAGGGCAGUUGGAACAGCAGAGGUUGUGAAACGCGGAGUGUUUCUGCUAAUCAGACCAGCUGUCUCUGCGAUCACCUCACACAUUUCGCUGUGCUCCUGGAUGUAUCCAGAACACCUAUCAGUGAGGCCGACAGUCAGAUUCUGACAGUGAUCUCGUAUCUUGGUUGUGGUAUAUCCUCCAUCUUUCUGGGCAUCACUGUUCUCACCUACCUUGCCUUUGAGAAGCUGCGUCAAGACUACCCGUCUAAAAUACUCAUCAACCUGUCAGCCGCUCUGCUAGGGUUGAACAUGCUCUUCCUCCUAGACUCCUGGCUCUCAUCUUUCUCCAACUACGGUCUGUGCAUCGCCACUGCUACCACGCUGCAUUACUUCCUGUUGGCUUCGUUCACCUGGAUGGGCCUGGAGGCUGUGCAUAUGUACCUUGCUCUGGUCAAGGUCUUCAACAUCUACGUUCCCUCCUACAUCCUCAAGUUCUGCAUUGUAGGAUGGGGUGUUCCUCUGGCCAUAGUCAGCCUGGUGCUCGCCAUAGAUAAAGAUGCUUACGGGAACAGUGUGGCUGAAGACGCUGCGGUGAUUCAGUCCACUGAUCAGUUCUGCUGGCUGCAGAAUGACGUCUUCUUCUACAUGACGGUGGUGGCAUUUGUCCUUCUGAUCCUGUUUUGCAACAUCUGUGUGUUCAUCGUGGUUUUGGUCCAGAUCAGAAGGAUGAGGGCCAAUAAGCAGUCAGCAAACAGCCCCAGCUAUGUGCAUGACUUGAGGGCGGUGGCCAGUCUCACCGUCCUGUUAGGCCUGACGUGGUCAGUGGGCUUUUUUUCAUUUGGGCCAGGCAGAGUGGUCCUGAUUUACCUCUUCACCAUCUUCAACUCUUUCCAAGGGUUCUUUAUCUUUUUGUUCCACUGCCUGAUGAAAGAAAACGUGAGGAAACAGUGGAGGAUCCACUUGUGCUGCGGACGCUUCAGACUCAGUGAUUACUCAGACUGGAGCCGUUCUGUCACAGUGGGCGAUCACUUCAAAAAGAACCAUCUUGCUAACUCUGACUCAGUCGCCUCUGACAACACCUCCUCCAUCAGGAAGGUCUCCGACUCCUCUACGGGAUCAGCACCAAAGCACCACCAGGGGGCGUGAGCAGGCCUCUGUCGGUGCCACUCUGUGCAACUCUCCCUUUCAAGGUCCAUUAAUCACAAACACUGACAGAAGAAAGUAGAACAGCUCCGUGUGUGUUAUGGGCAGGGAAGGAUCAAAUAAAGCACACAUACAGGGAGAUACAAUGGGUCCGUGGACACUCCUUCAUCAGACAUGAAAAUUAUGAUAAUACUGCACUGACAGCCAUGUCAAAAUACAGCAAAGAAGUAUGCCCUAAAAAGUGCUUAUUUUAUUCAGACAGCCCAAUUUACAGUUCACCUUCAAGGUUUACAUUUCUGCUUUCACUGGACUGUUGAAGGACAGAUGCUUGAAAAAAUAUUUUGUGUUUGUAAAACUUUUAGUGAAGUAAUGAGUAACAGGAAGCAGCAAAAUUUUUCCACUUAAAUCUAAUGUGAAAGAUCUGUAACCAAGAACUGUUCAAGGACAAAACAUGAGAAACUGUGGUCAUGAUUUUUUUUUUUUUUUUUUUUUUGGUAAGACAUGAGAUGUUGUAUGUGCACAGCUCAGUUUCCUGCCUGCUUAUUCUUCAGAACUUAAAAUUUCUACUGCUCAUGUUUCCUUUGAAAAUGUUUUUAAAGUGGAAAGGGACACGUUUUUGGUGCUUUAACAUAUCAUUAUGAAGUAAAACUUGAUUGGCUGUAGAAUAAUGACACCAUCAGCAUUUAGAUUGGUUCCCUAUAAGUCUCGCUUUCACUCUGCAAUUCUGUCUGCCACCAGGUACGAUUUACCAGGAAAAUGAAGCCUCGAUUUACGGCACAAAGGAAGUGUGACAACCAUUAAAACAACCAAGACAGGAGGAGGAGAGUGCUUUUGUUUUCCUCAGAAGCUAUCAGUAGCUGUCCCCAGUUACCAAAGUGAAUCACUGAAAAGUUCUUUGCAGGUACUACCCCUAGAAGUGGAAAUGGCAGAUGGUGGGACAACUGAAGUAGCUGUGGAAACUGUGGUAGUUGCUAAGCUCUGAGGAAAAUGGAAGCAAUCUGGUUGCCUUUGUGUCAGUGGCUCAAAUAAUAAUACCACUUUGAACAAUGGAAAAGUUGUCUGUUUCCACUUUAAAUGUAUUCUUUAUUUCAAUGAUAAGAAAAUAUUCAUGUACGUUUUGUGAGCGUCUGAAGAUUGCUUUUGUGUGUGUGUGGAGAUUACAACCCAUCAAGAUCACGUCUGAUUUUUUCUGACUGUAAACUAAAUGCUAAUGUUAUUUUAGGACUGACUGGAAACCCUCUGGGAGCCCACACUACAAAGUGUGUUAAAAUAAAGUGAUUAUUUUCUUAAA